CAGUUCCGAUUCUACCGUCCACCGCGAUGGCCGCUCUCCCAAAACAACUCCAGGUGAUGCCGUCCACGUUGCGAAUCCUGGCGCUGACCGGUGUUUGGGGAUCUGGGAGGAAAAUCUACCGAUUCGGGCUGAUGUUCGGCUACGGAUUUAUGGUCAUGAUGCUGCCGCGAUUCGUGUUUGGCGUCGGAAGCGAUAAUCUGUCGGCAAUUCUGAAAAGCAUCGGCGAGGUGAUCUUCCUCAGCUCGAUCUUUGUGCCGGCGCUGGUGUUUGCCGGGAAACAGGGGACGUUCGAAAAGGUCGUCAACGGAUUGGGGGAGAUUUUUCGGAAAGCUACAAUCGGUGAACAAUUCAAAGAGUGCUUUGAAUUGAUCGAGCAGCAAAAUGUGAAGGUCAAGAAAUUUGCUGAUUUUCUAACAAUUUAUAUGUCGUUUGCCGCGUUUGGAUACUGCAUGCCGUCGCUCUUCAUCUCCUAUCUGCGCUAUUUUACCAACGAUGGAACCAAUCCGGUCGUAUUCGUACUUCCAAUGGAGCAAGAGUUCUACGGUCUGCAAAUUCGUACUAAUUUGGCACAUUACAACAUUUUUAUGGUAAUUUCACUGUUGGCCUACAUGGUUUGCUCGUACUUUACGCUGGUCAAGUUGACUCUGCCACUUUUCACGAUAAGGUACAGCUCGAUAACCUACCGUUUGGUGGCGAUAAGAAUUCGGAACUUGACCAGAUAUAAAUCGUCAGCAACUGAUAUAAAGGAUAUUAUUGAACUUCACCAACAAGCUUUCAACGUCACAGCCUUGGUCGAAGAAAUGUGUCACAUUCCGGUGGCACUAGAAUUCCUAACCUGUAUUCUGCUGUGGAGUUUGGUCAUGUUUUACAUCUCAACUACAAUGGGCUGGGAUCUGUUUAGCAUUUUGAUCGUGGUAUUUUCAUCACUGGUGGAAGCCUUUGGCUACUCGUACCUCGGCUCGGAGCUAUCCGAGCAGGCCGUGACAGUUGGCGCCGCCUGCUACGAACUGCCCUGGUACGAGAGCUCGAGCGCUGAGCUGACCCUGGCUUGCCGGCGAAUAAUCCAACGCAGCCUGAAAGCGACUCGGCUCACCGGACUCAAAAUGUUCUCCAUCGAUCUGAAGACCUAUGGAAAUCGCCGCCGCAGCAGAGAGGUGAUCUGGUUCGUGCACGAUCAGCAGCAGAACAUGGCGGUUGAGCCGGUUAUUGCCGAUCUCUCGAACUCGUUCUGGCUCGGGUUGGCGGUCAACGAGAUGCAUUUGAAAAAAGGCUUUGAGAAGCUAAUGGACCGUAACUUGUUCAACCUUCUUUUCAACCGUCCAAAACACCAGCAGCAGCAACUCAGUGGGACAGGUGAUUCGCCGCCCAGCACAUUCGUUCCCAGUUCCCAGCACAAGAAAAACUGUGCCUCUUGGCCAGUUUGCGACGACGACGAAGGAGAUCGGCCAGAUUAA